CAGCGGCAGCAGCAUUAGUAGAGUAUGUUACUGUACAUCACUAAAUUAAUAUAUACCAAAGUUUUCCAGCAGCAUAGUGACCGGUCUACACAGCGCGGUAAGCAGUAAGUGAAGUGAAGCUACGGUUUGAUUGUCUCAAGAUGUCCGAAGAUAUUUAUGCCAAACCAGAUAUGUCAAAGAAGGUGAGAUACAACAGACAUGUGCAGGAAGACAAAGAGUGGGAGGAAAGGGAGGUGGAAAUAUACGAGAGCACCGACGCUAUCGGGGAUUAUCACACUGAUAAUCAGUCACACGGAGGAGGACCAGACACUGAGAGGAAUCCUCCAGCCGUCCAAAGGAAGACUUUCAGGGCUGCAGCACUCUGUCUGGCAGUGCUCUGCUUUCUGAUGAUGACUGGAAUCAUCCUCUUAUCCGUAUACUUCACUUUGGAAAAAGAACAGAUGCAGAACGAAUACAACCAACUGAGCAACAACUACAGUCAGCUGCAGGUGAAGGUUUCAGAGAUUUCAGUCAACAACAGUCAGCUACAGAGCAGCUACCAAACCCUGAGUGUAAAUCACAGUCAGUUACAGGAUGAAGUAAAGAAGCUGAAGGACAGAACUGAAGAGAUUUCAGUCAACAACAGUCAGCUACAGAGCAGCUACCAAACACUGAGUAAAAACAACAGUCAGCUACAGGAUGAAGUAAAGCAGCUGAAGGACAGAAUUGAAGAGAAGAGGUGUCCUGACGGAUGGACGAGAUUUGGAUGCAGUUGUUACUUUAAAUAUAAAGAGAAGAAGACUUGGUCUGGAAGCAGAGCUGACUGUCAGCAGAGAGGAGCAGAUCUGGUCGUCAUAAACAACAAAGAAGAACAGGAGUUUGUCACUGAGCUGAGUAAGAAUGGAGAGUUCUGGAUUGGUCUACGGAAUAUAUACAUAUGGAAAUGGGAAUGGGAAUGGGUGGACGGAUCACCGCUGACAGAAACGUUCUGGGCAGCAGGACUGGCUCGCUAUAACAGUUACUAUGCUACAUGCUGCAAUCAACAAGGAAAAUGGAAACAUGGAUAUUAUUCUGAUAAUAAGAAGUGGAUCUGUGAGAAAAAGAUAAUCUCAACUCUUUGAUGACAGAGAGGUGUGUAGUGUUGGGAUCAGAUUUGUCAAAUCAGACCAAUUCUUUAACAUUUGCUCAGCUGUUUAUUCUGUGUUGCUAAAUAACCUGGAUUACAGAGAUAUUGUUCCUCUGCCCUUCAUAGUGCACAAUCUGGUUAGAAGUCAUGUGUACUUACUCUGUAGUCCUACAGGAUUAUUAUAAUAAAAGCUAAUAAAAACAUGGA